AUCACAGUUCAAUACGUCCAGGAAGACGGGGCGGUCAUCCCCGUGCGGGUUCAUACCAUUGUCAUCUCCGUGCAGCACGACGAAGGCAUCUCCUUGGAGGCCAUGCGCAAAGCCUUGCAGGAACACGUGAUCAAAGCCGUGGUGCCAGCCCACUACUUGGACGACAACACGGUUUACCACCUGCAGCCCAGCGGCCGUUUUGUCAUCGGAGGGCCACAGGGUGAUGCAGGAGUCACUGGCCGGAAAAUUAUUGUGGACACUUAUGGUGGAUGGGGCGCUCACGGAGGUGGAGCUUUCUCGGGCAAGGACUACACGAAAGUGGACCGAUCAGCAGCCUACGCAGCCCGGUGGGUGGCAAAAUCUUUGGUGAAAGCAGGGCUGUGUCGACGGGUUCUGGUCCAA